ACAUUUGUUUGUGUUUGCUUUGCCUUGCUUACGUCAUUCGUACUAUCGUGGUACUAUCGGCUGUCACAAUUAAUAUGAUGAGAAAGCGAGCAGAAUUACCAUCGGAAAAUGAGCGUUCAUCUUUAAUUGAAAAUGAUGAAAGUACCUAUCAAAUCAAAGAAGAGAUGAAGGAAGCACCACAGAUUUGGAGUUGGAAGGGUGAAGGGAGAAAUAUUGCUCUACUUUUCUUUUUGUACCUGCUGCAAGGAAUACCAUUAGGAUUGACUGCCAGUAUUCCAUUGAUGCUUCAGAAUCGUCAUGUUAGCUACAAGGAGCAAGCAGAAUUUAGCCUUGUAUUUUGGCCAUUUAGUUUGAAACUUUUAUGGGCUCCGAUAGUGGACUCUUUAUACUCCUCAAGAAUGGGAAGAAGAAAAACUUGGCUUGUUCCUGUGCAGUAUCUGCUUGGAAUUGCUAUGCUGUUUCUUUCAACAAAAGUGGACCAGUACUUGGAUUCAGAAGGAUCACCAAACAUUAAAAUGCUCACCAUAGGAUUCUUUUCUCUAAACUUUUUAGCUGCAACACAAGACAUUGCUGUAGAUGGAUGGGCAUUGACAAUGCUGCACAGAAAAAAUGUUGGAUAUGCCUCCACUUGCAAUUCAGUUGGGCAAACUGCUGGUUAUUUUUUAGGCUAUGUUGUCUUUGUGGCCUUUGAAUCUGCAGAUUUCUGCAACAAAUAUCUGAGGAGUCAACCGGAACCUUUUGGGCUUUUGACAUUGUCCGGAUUCCUUUAUUUCUGGGGAAUCGUUUUCUUCAUCACCACAACAUUCGUGUGGUUGUUAAAGCGAGAAAAAGCACCAGAUUGCACCAAUGAAGAAUCCACAGGCGAAGAUGCUGAGCAUAAUUUAAGCAUAGUUGAGAGUUACAAACUCUUAUUGAAAAUCUUUAAACUUCCUGCUAUUCAAUGGACUGUGGUAGUUCUCUUAACAUGCAAGAUUGGAUUUUCAGCAUCCGACGCGGUUACUGGUCUCAAGCUAGUUGAAAUGGGGGUUCCUAAAGCGCAAUUAGCUCUGCUAGCCGUUCCUUUGGUUCCCCUUCAAAUCGUCCUGCCGCUAUUCAUUAGCCGAUACACUGCCGGCCCUCGACCUAUGCAAGUUUUUAUUAACGCAAUUCCUUAUAGGUUAAUGUUUGGAUUUAUAUAUGCUGGUCUUGUGUGGAUUACUCCACAAUUCCAAAGUAGCGACGGCCAAUUCCCUUUUUAUUACUACUUGAUGGUCGUGAUCAUUUAUGCUAUCCAUCAGGUCGCAGUAUACAGCAUGUUUGUUGCCGUGAUGGCUUUCUUUGCCAAAGUUAGUGAUCCCCAAGUUGGAGGUACUUACAUGACUUUGCUAAACACAGUGUGCAACCUUGGUGGAAAUUGGCCCUCUACCUUAGCUCUCUGGUCAGUUGAUGCGUUGACAUGGAAAAGCUGCCACUCAAAAGACUCCAUUAUCCAUGAGACUAACAAGUGUCGCAAUGCCGCUGAAACAUUGGAAUGCACCGAUGGAGGAGGACAGUGCAUAGUCGACUUGGAUGGUUUUUAUGUCGAAUCCUUGAUAUGUAUAGUAAUCGGAUUUUUAUGGCUCCGCUGGGGCCGUAGGGUCAUCCAUCAACUGCAGUCGAAAGACGAAAGUGCAUGGAAAGUUCGCAACAAUUGAUAGGCAAAUGUUUAAUUAGCCCCUAUUGGGAUACUUUUUGUUAACGGGAAUAUCAUGGAAAAAUUUAUUUAAAGCAUGCGUACAUUACCAGGAGUGUUAAGAUACAUGUUUUACUUUAAUUGUGGUGUUUGAUUUUCUUCCCAUUUUUGAAGUUCGAUCGUUAGAUUAACCUUCGACUACUAUCUCGUUCUUGCGCUUAUCUAAGUUCAGUUAUAUCAGUGCCACGAAUACGUGGGCCACCUUACUCCCAACUGGUGGCGUUCAUAGCGGAAUUUAGGGUGAACUUGGAACUAUCUCAGGUAACUUAUGCAUUCUGUGGCUGACACCACGAUUGCGUCUACCUCUCCUGAUACUUUCAUACGCAAGUAAGUUUUUCUUUUGUGGGAAGAAAUAUGACAAACCCAAGAGUUGCAGUGAUUUCUGGGGCGAAUCAAGGCAUUGGAUUUGCAGUUGUCAAAGAACUUUGCAAAUCAUUUGAUGGGUCUGUUUACCUGACUUCUCGAGAUGAGCAUCGCGGUCGGACCGCUGUGGAAGAACUCGAGAAGUUGGGCUUGCAACCCAAGUACCACCAAUUAGAUAUCGAUGAUGAAGCCAGUGUUUUGAGGCUAAGGGACUACCUGCAGGCAACAUACGGAGGUUUGGAUGUCUUGGUAAACAAUGCUGGCAUGCUGAUUGUCUCCAAAGACGAAGAUUCGCGAGAAUUGUUCGCCGAGAGCGCACGCUCCGUUUUGCAAACCAAUUUCUUCAAUACGUACCGCACGUGCGACAUCCUUUUCCCGAUUUUGAGACCUCACGCAAGAGUUGUUAAUUUAUCUAGUAGCAUGGGCCACCUUAUGCAGAUCGAGGGUCAAAAUGAGCCGGCGAUUACGCUAAGAGCUAGACUUUCAUCUACUGACCUUUCGUACAAGGAACUCAUCCACAUCAUGAAUCAUUUUCUCGAAUCCGUACAAAGAGGAGAUCAUCCGGAGUAUGGAUGGCCGAAGAAAAACUGGGUUUCCUACGUAGCAUCUAAAAUCGCUGUCAGUGCCAUGACGCGGAUACAGCAGCGUGAUUUUGAUGCCGAUCCGCGCCCAGAUAUUAUCGCUAACCACGUUCAUCCAGGCUAUGUCAAAACAAAAAUGGCAUCAUUUAAAGGAGUGUUGACAAUUGAGGAAGGUGCUGCUGCUGCUUCCUGGCUUGCAAUGCUACCUCCUAAUAACGUAAUGAAUCCAAAAGGUUCUUACGUAUGGCAUGACAAACAAAUUGUUGAUUGGGUCAAUGGACCAACUCCAUCUUUAUAUUAAAGACAAUUUGUUUUGUUUUUUAAUUUUUCUUUAUCGGAAAGACUUUUCCGGAACUGAAACAUAAAAUUGAAUAAAAUUGUACUAAAUAGGAACAUUUAAGUUUAGUCAAGAGGAAGCUUGCACAGAAAAUGAGAUAAUCUUAUCUGCAGAGAAUUAUAAAUAAAACUGAAAAGUUAGACAAAGAAAACAUCGUUGAGCAACGCAACUAAUAAAACGAUUGUGAGUGAAGAAACCAAGACACCAUUGUUAAGGAAAAGGUGUGGUUUUGUCAACUUGCCAUGGGGCAAUUGUAUACCUUCAUCGCCGUGAUGCGUGAAGUGUGAUGGCCAGAAGGAAGGACGGACCCAAAGUUGUGCCAGGUAUAAAAGGAAGCGAACCGAGCUGCUUUUGACAUCAACUCUUCGGUAAUCGAAUAAGAAGCACAUCAAGACUCGAAUUCAUCAUGAAGAUCGUGAUUGUGUUAGCGUGUUUGAUGGCACUUGCCGCUGCUGUUGACCAAAGUGAAACGGUCGUCGAAGACGCCGCCGAUCUCGACGUCGCCGAACACCGCAGGCACGGAUACGGUGGAUACGGACACGGAGGAUAUCGUCGCGGCGGGUAUGGCGGCGGUUGGGGUGGAUAUCAUAGAGGAGGAUGGGGCCGCAAGCGUCGGUCUGCUGCUGCUGAAGAAGACGCUGCUCUUUUGACUGAUCUGGAAACGGCCGAGCAUCGUCGCAGUGGAUGGGGUCAUCGUGGAGGCUACUACGGAGGCGGGGGACAUCGUGGGGGCUACGGUGGAUAUGGUGGAUAUGGUUAUUACGGUUAAGGUUUGAUCGUCUCCAAUGUUAUACGCUUUUCUUAUUGUUAUCCCCAUUUUCUUUACCCCCUGUUAUACGUAUGGGCUGGUACAUUUACUUCAAUACGCUUUCUUCUGAAAAUUCCAGUGUCUCGAUUCAAUAAAUAAUUGGUUGAAUAUUAAA